AUGGGCGGAAGCAGCAAGAUCUGUUCUGUGUUUCAGUACAACGGCGUCUGCUUGCAAGGCCCCAGUGGCGUUCCUGGACGGGAUGGAAACCCGGGAACCAACGGGAUCCCUGGGACACCUGGGAUCCCUGGACGGGACGGGCUGAAGGGGGAGAAGGGCGAGUGCAUGCGCGAGAGCAUCGAGGAGUCCUGGACGCCCAACUUCAAGCAGUGUUCGUGGAGUGCGCUCAAUUACGGCAUCGAUCUCGGGAAGAUAGCAGAAUGUACGUUUACAAAGAUGCGCUCCAACAGUGCUCUCCGCGUUCUCUUCAGUGGGUCGCUUCGGCUAAAAUGCAAAAAUGCCUGCUGUCAGCGCUGGUACUUCACUUUUAAUGGAGCAGAAUGUGCCGGGCCACUUCCUAUUGAAGCCAUAAUAUAUUUAGAUCAAGGAAGCCCAGAGCUGAAUUCUACUAUUAAUAUACAUCGAACUUCUUCAGUGGAAGGCCUGUGCGAAGGGAUCAAUGCCGGCUUGGUGGAUAUUGCCAUCUGGGUUGGGACUUGCUCAGAUUAUCCACGGGGAGAUGCUUCUACUGGUUGGAAUUCAGUCUCCCGAAUCAUCAUUGAAGAACUGCCAAAAUAA